ACGGGCUCCUUGGGCCUGCGGCAGAAUGUCUGACGGAUAAUAACGUAGGAGUGUUGUUAUCAACGUUUUCGUCUAUUUCGUCGAUGCGACUGCGUCUCCGUGUUUACUGAUUUAACUGCUCGAAAAUCACCUACCGACGAGGAGUACGUGGAAAAUGAAAGUGUGCAAGAACGCGAUUGUUCGAUCGAGAAAAGCUUGGCUGGCCGAAUGAGAUUCCGACAACGGUCCAAAGAGAGAAACGUAGCGUGUGCAAGGUUAUGGGCGUGCUGGUGGUACGAUCCAGUGUGUGCCAGUGAUUCUCACUGACAUGCAUGCGGUCCCCGCCGGGAAAAAUUUCGUGCUCGCGACAAGUCAGUGCAUAAUCAGUUACCGCGAAGCUGUUCUGACGUGAGUGUGAUCCGUCAUACCUGUUGCUGAUCCUUCAACACCAUCGUGCCGCAUAAGACCAUGACGCGAAAGCUGAGCAAGUUUUUGAUACUUUUCGACAACACGAACCUCUUAUACUUUCCCGGUCACUUUCUGUCCGGCCGGGUACUCAUCGAACUAGACGAUGAGGCCUAUGUUUCAGGAUUGCAUUUUCAUGUGAUCGGCGAAGGAGUGGUGCGUGUACGUAGCCAGCGCGCCGAGAGGGUUUACGACAAAGAAAACUACAUAGAUUUUCGUAUGAGAUUACUGGGUGAACCAGAUCGAGAAGGUCCGUCGCUGCUAUCGCCGGGGAUCCACAGCUUUCCAUUCAAAUUAGGCCUGCCCCUGGGCCUACCGUCUACUUUCUUGGGUAAGCACGGCUGGGUGCAAUAUUAUUGCAAGGCUGCGCUUCGGGAGCCUGGCGGACUGACGCACAAGAAUCAGCAAGUCUUCAUCGUGAUGAACCCCAUCGAUUUGAAUUUAGAACCACCGAUACUCGCGCAACCAGCAAGGCAAGAAAUCGAGCAACGAGUCGGGGUCUCUUGUGUCUCUGGAGGUCCUGUGUUCUGCAGGGUGAGCCUCGACAGAGGCGGCUAUGUACCCGGUGAAACUAUCGGCAUUUCAGCGACUGUCAGCAAUCGAAGCAAGGUGACAAUGAAAUCGACUAAAGCAUCCUUGACCGAAACAAUCCAGUACCUGUGCCGUGGUAAAGUGCUCGCGAGCGAGACAAGAGAGUUGGCAAGUGUUUCCAGGGGGAAAAUCCGUCCCGGAGAAGGCGAGGAGUGGUUGAACGAGCAAAUGUACGUACCUCCUUUGCCGCCCACCAAUCUGCGGGGCUGCCACCUCAUCAACGUUCUUUAUCACGUCUACUUUGUAAUAAGUCCGAAAAGUUUGGACAAAGAAAUCAAGCUACAAAUACCAAUCGUCCUGGCCACUUAUCCUCUGAGACAGGAAGGUGCUCCAGCGGGGACAGCGCCAUCGAAAAGAGGAGCACAUUAUCCGUCAACAUUGCCAAUAUUUCGGCCAUGGCUGGACGAUAAAGCUUUCGAGAUACAGGAGUGAAGGUUUAAUUAUCUUUCACCGACGACCUUAAUAUACGGAUAUAAAAAAUCGUGUCAGAAAUCGUUCCGGAAUCGCUUUUGGGACAACGAACGUUGAAGAUUCCGGAAAACGCUACGAACUUAAGAAAAUUAACAUGCUUAUAACAAUACUUAUCACAGAGUAAACGUAACUUAAUAAACAGAUACAUUUAUAUUUUUUUAACUAGAAGAAAUUAAAACGACAAACGCUAAAAGUACUUACAAACAACGAAC